UUAAGCCCAAAGUCCUCCCCCUGGCUUGAUUUCCUGGAUAAGAGGACACUAUAAAAGAGCUCUGGACCUGUGUGAGAGGGGCAAAGUGGAGGAAAAUAGGUGGUGAUCAGAUUUGGGGAGAGCUGGACGACACAGCAUUUCACAAUGGAUCGUUUCGACCCAACAACCUUUCUCACUUGUGUGGCGAUGCUUUUUCACGGCCUUCAGGCUUUGCCAUGUCCGCCAGUGCCCAUUCCAAACAACAUCACCGAGUUUUCCUGCUCUUCCCGGUCCCUCAGCAAUUUCCCAACGGGCUUCCCCAAAGAAACCCGGAUCAUCUCCGUCGAGUUCACAAACCUCUCCAGCAUCGGCGUAGAUGCACUUAAGGGCCUCCCCAACCUCCAGGAACUUCACCUGUCCAACAACAGGCUGAGAAGCCUCCCCGAUGGCCUCUUCCGUGACCUUCCUGAGUUGCAGGCCUUGGAUCUGACAGCCAAUUUCCUAGAAGAUCUCCCUCCGGAAAUCUUCAGAAACACCACUGCCCUGAAGCAAAUGGCUUUGGGUGGAAACCAGCUGGCCACCUUGCGCCCGUCGUGGUUCCAGACCCUGCAAGGUCUUGAGUUCCUCGUCCUUUCCAACACUUCCCUAAAGAAGGUGCCUGCCUUUUGCUUCAGCAAGCUGGGGAACUUGACGGAUCUGGAUCUCUCCCAGAACGCUCUCCGCGGGCUCUCCUCACAUGUCCUAGAAGGGCUGUCCCAUCUGGAGAAAUUAGACCUUGAAGCCAACCAACUGCAGACGAUCACGGAGAAGACCUUCCACGUCGUUCCAAGGCUGAAGUUCCUCUUCCUCCAAAACAAUAACUUGAUCAAUCUGCCCCGUAGGAUCUUGGAGCCUUUGGACUUCCUGGAGCUGCUGGAUGUCUCCAACAACCAGCUGACCUCGUUGGAUCUCCAGUUCUCACCCAAGGCAGUGAACUGGAGUCUAGAUCUGUCGGGGAACCCCUGGGAAUGUGACUGCAACAUGCUGUCCCUGGUGAACCAGGUGAAGCGUCACUCUAUCACCCUCUAUUCCAAGCAAAAUAUGCUUUGCAACACCCCCAAAAGCCUUGAAGGCCGGCCAGUGAUGUCUCUGGCUGCAGCCGAAUUUGGCUCCUGCUGAAAUCUCAAGAUCCAUCCAGGGUUUUUGCACAGCUUUUCCUCCCUUAGGUGUAAGAAUGAUUUGUUUUUUUAAGAAAAUAAAUGCAAAGGUUUCCUAUCUGAAA